GUAAUUUCGGGCAUGAGGCCUGCCCAUUGAACCAUAAGCUAUCACAAUGGAUGCGGGUCAGGAACAUGUCUAUCCACUCAACUGUUCAUCUAUAACACCCAAAUCACAUCACAUUUGUCCCAUCUGCUAGGUCGGUCACUCUUUGGCUCAAAAGCCCAUCAUAACAAUUUUGGCAUUCAUCAGUUGGGACACUGAGAGUACAUUCCUUAACCAGUUGUUCAUUCAGUCACUCCUGCUUUGGGUCACUCUUUCAGUGCUGUUUCUCUUGAUCUAAUCCCAGUCAGUCUUUUCUUCCAUCAUGGAGCUCACAGCAUACCCGCAUCUCCACACCAGAGCGGCAGCGCUACUCACUUUGGCCGUAUUCACUCCUUUCAACCAGGCAUAUCAACUGUUUGAUGUCGCUCCGACCAGCCUUCCAACGAUCUGUGGAAAUGCUCUGGCCGCCAACAUUUCGUGUAAUCAGCUCUUCUCUGCCUCGUACAUCGCUGGAGGCGGGUAUGUCAGCGUAGCUGCUCUCGACGAUGUGUGCUCAGCCGACUGCAAAGACUCGCUACUGUCCUUCCAGGCAAAUGUAGACGAUGCCUGUGGGAACACCACUUAUCUCUUCCCCGGCAACGUCUCGCAGACGGUGCAAAACUUCGUCGAGCCCCUCGUCUGGGCAUUGGAGGCGGCCUGUAUUACGAGCGACUCUACCUACUGCUUGCCCGCCGUGAUUGCGGGCAAUGUCUCAGACUGCUCUCCGUGCAUGUACAAGUACGAGGCAGCCAUGCUGGACUCGCCAUAUGGCCAAGUGCGCUACAGCCCGGACACGUACUCGUCGCUGCUGUCCUCCUGCGGAGUAGCGGCCUCCAGUUACCCGAUUACUGAUACGGCCGUCGCUACUGUGCUCCCUUCGGUGACGGCGACGACGGUUUCGGCCACAGCCACGGCUACGUGCUCAAGCUACUAUUCCGUCAAGUCUGGAGACACAUGCCAGUCUAUUGCCACGGCCAACUCCAUCUCCACGGCGCGAUUUAUCAUCGACAAUAACCUGAGCACACUUAACUGCUCGGUUCAGGUAGGUCAGCAGGUUUGCCUGGGCGCAGAGUGCGCCCUGCACGAAGUCCAGGCCAACGACACCUGCUCUUCUAUCCUGCAGAACCAAGCCUUUUACCAAGUCCAGCUGACUUCAUGGAAUCCCACCCUCUGGACGGACUGUGGUAACCUGGACCGCAUGGUAGGAGAAUACAUCUGCAUCUCCCCCCCGGGAACGUCAAGCUGGAGCGUUCCGAGCACGAACAUCACGACAAGCUGGAACGUAUCUUGGGUCAUACCCCCUACGGCCUUCACUACGCUGCCCGCCCAGCCAUCGACGUUCCCCGUAUUCAAUACGUCGGCAAUCGCAUGGCCAGUCACCACCAUCAUCCCGACGGUCUCCAACGUCACCUGGAACGAGACACUUGUCCCGCUGUAUUUGAACCUAACUCAAUACUGUCCCAUUACCGCAGAUGACUACUCCAACGGCUGGACCAUAUACGAUCUUCCGGAAUCUUGCGAGAGUCUCCUGGAUGAAUACUGUGACCCGGCGGCAAACGCCACCAUGCCCGCGUCAACUGUGCUGCCGGCAACGUGUUCGCCAGCUUACUACAUGUCCUCUAACACAACAGCUACCACAGCCAGCACAGCCAGCACAGCCAGCGCAUCCUCCACAUCCGUCUCUAGAGCCCCAGAGCAGACCGGAAUUGCGGCUAACUGUGAUGCAUAUUAUGUCGUCAAGAGUGGUGAUUCCUGCGCCGGUAUUGUAGCAGAAUUCGGCAACUUCACCCUUGCUCAAUUCUACAGCUGGAACCCGGCUGUCGGCUCGACCUGCUCAUACCUCGAUAUUGGUGACGCCGUUUGUAUCGGUACCGCGAGCAGCACCUCUGCAUCGUCAGCGACGUCAACCGCGACGGCUACCACGGCCUCAAGCACCCUUGAACCAAAUACCGACCCCAGCUGCACCAAGUACCACAAGGUAGUCGCUGGAGACAGCUGCGUUGACAUCGAGCAGGAAUAUGGUAUUACUGCUGCUGAGUUUCUUGCAUGGAACCCGACUGUUGGAUCAUCGUGUAGUGGGCUCUGGCUCGGCUACCUGGUCUGCGUUGACGCCCCUGCCAUUGCAAGCUCUUCCACCACGCCCACUGCAACAUCGACAUCGACGUCGACGUCGGCGGUCCCGGACGUGGAACCCAGCACCGUCGCUGACUGCACAAAGUAUCACCUCGUCGUUAGCGGGGACGACUGCCAGACCAUUGAAGCGCAGUAUGGUAUCACCGCAGCGCAGUUCAAUGAAUGGAACCCAUACGUCGGGGCAGGCUGCGAGUCCCUGUGGCUUGGUUAUGACGUCUGCGUUGGUGCACCGUCGAGCUAACUAACGAGGUAUUAAGAGCAGCCGCAUGGCAUAGACAGACUGGAACGGCAGAUGAUAGGAUUUAUUUUUAAUACCUAGCCCAGUGAUCAAUUGACCGGUCCCGGGCGGGGCGAAGGAAGGCAGGGCAGACCGCACUCGAGUAUCGGGGAGAGGAGAGACCGCAGAGGACUCGCAAUUUGGCUCCUAGGCAAAUACGGUGGAGGACAGUGAAUCAUAUCAGCAGAAAAAGUAACUCACCAACAAAGGGCGCAUAGGGGAAGGGUAGCGAGAAAGGAGGAGCGGGAGAGAGAAGUAAUAAUGAGAAGUUGAUGCGGUGAUUGAAAUAUGCACGCUAAAUUGCAUCACGUGCAUGACUUCUGUGUCUUGUCUCUCUUGUACCUCCUCACAGUUUCUUGAAAGCGUGGAUGCCUACUUCGUACUCUCACCUGACUUCCACUUCCGUGCGCCACUUCAAGAUCAUGAGAAAGCGUGGUGGCUUCACGAUUUAGCUCAUGAGAAAGCGUGGUGGCUUCACGAUUUAGCUCUUAAAGAAAGUCAACGAAUACAGCGAGCGCACACUCUUGAUGAAUCAUGAACAGGCGUGAGAAGGAAGCAGACGGAUUACAG